UAAAUCAGUUAAUACAGACUAGUUUACUCUACGCAACACAAAUGUAAUAUAUUUCUCCUCUGUUAUCAUCUCAGUAUUAAAUUAUUAAGUAUUGUAUUGCACUUUGCAAAUUUACCGUGAGCUUCGUCGACAAUGGUUAAUGCUCCGUUGGCCCGAGAUGUUUUGGAUAAUCCAAUUUUGGUGGCACCGCUGCCCUAUAUCAACUUUUUACGUUACUUUAAGCGCAAGCAUCCAACAUAUGGAGUACGGCGCCUGCUGCAGGAGGCGCCCGCCCACUGGGAUGCCAUGACCAAAGGACAAAAGAAUCUAUUCCAGAAAAAGCGCAUCCUGGCGAGAGUAGCACGCUCCCCACAAAUUCGACUCUGUCGCGUCCUGCAUCGCAAUGAAUGCAAAUCAAUUGCAAACUACAUGCGCAGGACGUUUAGACGCAAGCAAAAUAAUCGAGCUAAAUAAUUGACUUAGCUGAUUUAGCUAUUCCAUGUGUUAAUAUGUUCGCUUCGUCACAAAGUACAUGUGUAACAGAUCAAAAUUUACUGUGAGACAAUAUCAGAGGUCUAAUAACGAAGUCGGAUUAAUUGUAAAACGACAACACCAUUUUAAUAUGUGAAUAUUAAUAAACAAAAC